GAAAAGGAAAUUUUGCCAAAGUGAAGCUAGCUAAACAUCUCCCAACAGGACGAGAGGUUGCUGUUAAAAUUAUUGACCGGACGAAGUUGAAUCAAAGUAGCUUGCAGAAGCUAUUCCGAGAGGUGAAAAUAAUGAAAAUGCUGAACCAUCCUAAUAUUGUAAAACUUUUCGAAGUCAUUGAAACGGACAAUUCACUCUACUUGGUGAUGGAGUAUGCAAGUGGAGGUGAGGUCUUCGAUUAUCUGGUUGCACAUGGACGAAUGAAGGAGAAGGAAGCUAGAGCAAAAUUUCGUCAGAUUGUGUCAGCUGUGCAAUAUUGUCAUUCAAAGAAAAUAAUUCACCGCGACCUGAAGGCUGAAAAUCUGUUACUUGACCACGAAAUGAACAUAAAAAUAGCUGAUUUUGGGUUCAGCAAUGAGUUCAGCGCCGGAAACAAGUUGGACACAUUUUGUGGCAGUCCACCUUACGCUGCACCAGAGCUGUUCCAGGGCAAAAAGUACGACGGUCCCGAAGUUGAUGUUUGGAGUUUAGGAGUAAUUUUGUACACAUUAGUUAGUGGUUCGCUCCCAUUUGACGGAUCAAAUUUAAAGGAGCUACGUGAACGUGUCCUUCGGGGUAAAUACAGAAUUCCAUUUUACAUGUCGACAGACUGUGAAAAUCUUCUGAAGAGGUUCUUAGUUCUAAAUCCCGUGAGGCGCUCAUCCCUCGAAACUGUUAUGCAAGACAGGUGGAUGAAUAUAGGGUAUGAAGAUCAGCCCCUGAUCCCCUACACUGAACCCGCUGUUGAUAGUGGGGACGCAAAACGCAUGGAUGCGCUUAUGAAGAUGGGGUACAACAGGGAAGAUAUAGAAUACAGCAUCUCCAACCAAAAGUACGACGAAAUAUUCGCCACGUACUUGUUGCUAGGAAGGAAAUCACCAACAGAUUCUCACAUUGAGGCACUGUUGUCUCCUCCGUUUGAGUACUGGGUAGGGGCUGUAGAGCAGCAGGAAUCGCGCGCCCCCGCUCUGCCCAGAAGAAACCACAGUGCAGUAGCUCCCUGUAGUGCCAACGCCCCCUCGAAGACUAACCGCCCCAAAUACUCCCACCACGUAUCCCCUCCCCAAGAUUAUAUGUUCACGCCAAUAACCCCAACAUCCCCGACGGGACCCCAAAUGUUAGACAUAUCAGAUGAAAUGAAAUCACCGGGACUGAGCAUAGCACCAUCCAGCAAGGUCCCUUACAGAGAUUCGCCCUAUGUUUACCCUGUGCCCUAUCCAAAAAACUCAGGAGGAGACUCAGUGACAGCUGGUUCUUCCAGCUCACGCGGCAAAUCGAGUAGACAGUCAGAAGGGGUGGGCACAGGAGUGUCCCAAAGGGACCCAACUCAAAACAGGAGUGGACGUUCAUCUACGACCACAGACGGCGGAGCCAGUACGGCUGCUGGAACGAAUGGAACAGGAUCUGGCUCCAAAGUCCCCCUGUCCGCAAUGGUCGCCUCCUCUACAAACUCCUCCAACAGGUCAUCCACAGUCACAAACCCUUCGUCGCCACACGACAACCAAACGCCUGCCGCCGCAUCUCAGUCCAACAAUUCCUACACACAGGGAACCAACUCGAACGGAGGCAGUGGGGUCAUGGCGUCUGCCACAGCUGGCAAUGGCGGAGUAUCCUCGGCAUCCCAGAGGAAGAAGAGUGAACCAUUCCAGGGCAUGAUCAGUGGCCACAAGACUAGCAUUAACAAUGCAACCGCUACGCCUGUCAACCCAAAUGAUCCGACACAACAUUCCAACUCAUCAUCCUCCGCAGCCGGACAGCAGAUGGCCACAGUUGGGGCGGGAGACAUGGAGUGUACCUCCUUCUCCGGCAACAACGCAUCCCCUCCUGUAAAUGGAAACCUCACUAGGAUGAACACAGUCCUGAACCCCUCUGGUGGAACCGCCUCUCCGUCUGAUGGGUCGCCUCCUUCGGUUCACUUGGCAGAUGUGAAUGCUAAUCUAGCCCAGCCAGACCCCAGCAACUUAGAAAGAUGUGUUAACGCCAGCGUGGAAGAAUCACGAGUACGGAACUCGGCCGUUCAUCAGUUAGAUGCGUCCCCUACCAAUCCUUUUUAUAAUCCCACUUACGGCCACUCAAAUAUUGGCAACUCGGAAAGUCACCCCUCUCUCCCCACCAGACCAAGCACUGCAGGCGGAGGACAGCCUUUCCGGCUGGGUCAGUUGUCCAGCGGGGUCCAGGAUUUCAACCCUCAAGGAGUUGUAUACCCCUUCGCAAUGCACAACGAACAGUCGUUCCUUCCCUAUGGCACCGACCAGUUCGACCCAGAAAAUCCUAGUUCGCCCUCCUCAACUAGCGGAGUUGGCUUAGCCAGAAUGCAGCCCACGUCACAGCAACAACCAAGUCUCCAUUCUGGGUCAGUGAGAGGUGCCCCUCCUGGCUCCCAAAUUGCACCUCAAGGUCCAUCCCCUCAGAACCCCUCGCUGUCGAGACAAGUUGCGGGCAGGCAAACAUAUCACGGGGGUCCUGUUAAGGAUCACCGGACAGCCCUAAACAUCCCUCCCGCGGCAAACGUCAACCCAGCAGCCCCCUCUUCAGCAAAAGGGGCCAACCAGGGUGGUCAUAGUGAGUUCACAAGAGGCAGCUCAGUGCAAGCAUCGCUGUUCGAAAGAAUAUCAAACCGAUUCAGCAAGAGAAAAAAGUCGUCUAAAAGGGAAAGAAGACACACAAGAAGAAGUUCUGUAGACAUCACUGUUUUGCUGUUCUGUGGCAGUUCUAAGGCUGACCGUAGUCCAAAGAGUCGUAAUAGACACUCUAGUACCGGAGACGUAUACGAGGCAGCGGCCGGUGCUUAUAGCAUGGGGAACUCGCCCUUAGUAGAUAAGAGGCAACAGGAACACGACACGAACGUCACCAACGGAGGCGGAGGUUUCCAUGCACCUGCCCAGGGUGGGGGCACUAUAGGGGGCUCGAUGAGUGGGGGAGCAGGAGGCAGGGGAAUUGACAAACCUCGUUCUCUGCGCUUCACGUGGAACAUGAAGACGACUAGUGCGAUGGAUCCGGCUGAUAUGAUGAGUGAAAUCAGGAAGAUACUGGACAAUAAUAAUUGUGACUAUGAACAGAGGGAGAGGUUCCUACUGCUGUGCACUUUCCAAGACGGGGCGGGAGGGGCGGUGUCGGUUAAUCAGGGCGAGGCCAGUGUCAUCCAAUGGGAAAUGGAGGUUUGCAAGUUACCACGACUUUCCUUGAAUGGAGUGCGUUUCAAGAGAAUUGCUGGAACGUCAAUAGGCUUCAAACAGAUUGCCUCCAAAAUCGCCAACGAACUAAAACUUUGACACUGCUCAAAAAUACAAUUCGCGUACUCGAAAUUUUCAGAAAAAUUAACUUUGAACUUUAAUUAUUGUGUUGGAUAUUCGACCAAGAAAUGUAACUCCGGAAUAAACCGACUGUGCUGGAAAUCGUGGCACGAGAUGUUUUGUUAGUCGUGUUGCGUUAUGUAAUGUAUUUUUCAGUUAUUGGCAUUUGAUCUAUCUAACUGCUGGUGCUUCACAGUUCAAAAUUGCCAUGUUUUAGUAAGACAAAAGUUUUCAAUCAAUUCGAAUUUUAUAAAUGCAUAUAUUAAUACCAUCACUAUCACUGGCGGUAUCUAAUAGUAACCUCGAAUUUUGUUGACUGAACAGUUUUGAUAAAUAUACAUAUUGGGUCGAUUAAUUUUUCUACUUGGUAGUUCAAUAAUGAAUUUCUUUUUUUUUGGGCAGCUGAUAAAUUUUUUGGAGAUUUGUUUGAUGUUGAAGCUGUACAAAUAAUUGUAUUCUAUUGUACUUUAGUCAGCCGACUAAAAACUAAAUGGCUAGGCCUGAUUAAUUUUCAUUAAUUUUGUGAUAUUGCAAAUUAUUGUGUAUUGGCUGUACUGACUGUAUUGUACUAUUAUUCAACUCUGCUCUGAUCUGAUUUCAUCUUCUGAUUUCUGGUAGCGUAUCCUAGCAACAUCAUCUCUUCUUCUACUCUCUAAUGAAAUAGUUCUGCUGGAUGAAUUAAAUUAAUGAUUAUUCCCAAGCCAUAUCCUUUCCGCUCCAACAGUAGUGUAAAUGAAUUAGAUUCCGAAAUUGAUUGUUACCUUCACCUCAUCACAACUCAUCUCGUGUGGUCCCCCUUCUCUUGUUUAGUAGGCACUCAUGGCAAGCAGAAGAAUGUGAAAAGUCAGAAAAAAAACAAUAGAUUACCUUAUAAGAACAAACAAUGAAAAGGAAAGUGGCAUUUACAGCAUAACUGAUUGGGUCUAUUAUUUUUUUGAAAGAUCGAACUCACCUGUUUUGCUCACCUAAAUUUCUUUCUUUUAGUGCCUCUUUGUUCUGUAUUGAGUUCAGAAUUUGGUUAGAUGAAAAUCUGUGCGUGCAAAUAGUAAAUAUCACGUUGAGUAAGCUGAUGGCGACAUGAGUGCACGACACUAGCGAUUAUCGCAAAUUCAAAAAUUGAAGCCGCUCUUAAGCAAAAAGCUGCAGGUUGAUUUGGGGGCGUCUCUCUUUAGUCAUUUCCAGAAUAUCAUAAAAUGCAACUAAACAUGCGAAAAAAGUUUUCACCCUCCAUCAGAUUUUCAGCAUUCUUUCUAUGAUAAUGGGAAUCGCAAAGAGAGUAGCUCCUGUUUAAUUCAACAUAUUUUACACCCACUCCGUCAUUAUUAAGUCCUCUCGCCUUCUCACGUCCAAAUCCAACAAAUGAAUGUUUACAGAUGUGAAAAUCUCGGCAUCUGACCAGUUUCAGAACCAAAAGCUCUAAUUUCAUUAACUGUAGUUGAAUUGUAGUAGAAUUCAAUUUUAA